AUGUGGAUCGCUCGACGGAUACGCUUUCCAGUGGCAAAAGAUCCCUACGCAGCCACAAAGACGACGAAGACGGCGAGGAAGAGACGCGUGGAGGUGUUCACACCAGAAAAACUCGAGAAGAUGCUGGGCGAUAUCAACUACGCAUACAAGAAGUUCGCCAAAUGGUCCAAACGUGGAUGGAAUUCAAACGAUGUGUAUGACGAUGUGUCAUACAAGCUCUACGAGAAGUACUGGAAAUACCGCAAGAUCGCGGGUCAUGCCUCGUAA